CUCAGGGCUGUGAAUGUUCCUGCGCGCUUACUGUUUAUUUAUCACUCUUUGAUAGUCCUUUGUUAUUUUGUCUAAAUGAGAUAAUGACACCUCCUUUAGUGGUUUACCUGCACAACAGGCUGACAUUAGAGACUCGGUGGUGUAACAGGCUUUUCGAGGGCGUUCGUCCCAUUGGAGCCCUGGGUAAUCAGUCCCUCUCCUCCCCGCACUACGACACCCCUGCUUUAGGAAUGUCCAGCAUCCCCCCGAGAGAGAGAAAGAAUGAAAGGAAGAAAGAGAGAGCUUGUUCAGAUUUAUGGCACACAAGGAAGCAGCCAUGACCACGAGACUCCUGUGGAGGGCCCUGUGCCUGCUGGUCCUACUCUGCAUUGUGUCACCCUUCAGCUCCGCCACCAACCAGCCAGACCCCACAGCCCCAGAGCAGGGAGUCACCUUCAGCCACGUCUAUAAAAUCGACAUCCCGGGGAGCUCCAGCUGUAAAGUUGAGCGCCUGUCAACCCAGGACGAAACAGGCCUGCAGACAGAGACUACUACGAAUGGCGAUAAUGACAUCAUCUUCAGACACAACAUCAGGCUACAGACACCAACAUGUGACUGUGCGGAGUCAGAUAGCUUCAAGUCACUCCUGUACAGAGUCAAUGGUCUGGAGGAAGAAGUUAACUACCUUAAGACUCAGUGUACUCAGGGAUGUUGCGGGAGCCGUGGGGCUGCAGGAUUGGACACAAGCUGCAGUGGCCAUGGUGCUUACCAACAGGACACCUGCGGCUGCCUCUGUAACCCUGGCUGGGAGGGCCCUGACUGCUCCGUCUCCUCCUGCCCUGACGAAUGCAAUGACAAUGGCCGGUGUGUGGAUGGGAAGUGUGUGUGCCAUCAGGGCUACACGGGUGAUGACUGCAGCCAGCUCAUGUGUCCAGACAACUGCAACGACAAGGGCCAAUGCAUCGAUGGAAAAUGCGUGUGUUUCGCGCACUUCACUGGCGAUGACUGCAGCAUCCAGAAGUGCCCCAAUGACUGCGUCGGUAAUGGCCAGUGUGUGGACGGUCAGUGCAUCUGUGAAGAAGGCUUUUAUGGCAAAGACUGUUCAUUAGUUUUCGGCCCACAGGGUCUGCGGUUGGUCCAGCUGACCGACGUCUCCCUCCUGGUUGAGUGGAAGUCAGUUCCUGGAGCAGAGUAUUACAUUUUGACAUAUCAUCCCAAAGAUGAUGAGAGAGCCUUGGAGCAAGUCCGGGUUCCCAACACAAAGAACUCCUACCUCAUCACAGGACUCACUCCAGGGGUCACCUACAUUGUCAAGGUGUACGCAGUCAUCAAAGAAAUCCAAAGUGAAGCAGACACGAUUGAAGCUACCACCGAUGUGUCCACCAUAGAUGGCAUCAGAGUUCUUGGCCAGACAAAAGACUCUAUCCAGGUGGAGUGGGAGAACCCGCCAUCUGAAGUGGAUCACUUCAGGCUCACACACACUGACCCGGCAGGACAGGAGGAGGAGCUGAGCAUACGGAGGAGCCAAGAGGCACGCACCAAACACACUAUUGUCGGUCUGUUUCCAGGAACAGAGUACCAGAUCUCAGUACAGGCCAUCAAAGGAACCACUGAGGGAAAACCUUCCUCUGUCACCGGUGUCACAGACAUUGAUGCUCCUACUGGCCUGGUCACCACUGAAGUAACAGAGGACACUGCAACAGUUUCAUGGGAUCGUGCCCAGGCAGAAAUAGAGGGCUACAUGUUGAGCUACAAAUCUGUUGAAGGCUCCAGCACUGAGAUCCCUGUAGGACGUGACAGCACCUCGUACAGGCUGCUUGGCUUGAGGCCUGGAGUUCUCCACACUGUCUACAUCUGGGCCUACAAGGGAGACAAAGUCAGCAGCAAGAGUUCAACAGAAGCUGAAACAGAGCUGGACGCUCCUACUAACGUCUUGGCCCAAGAUGAAACAGAGUCCAGCUUCAGGGUGUCCUGGGAUCACACCCAGGCAGAAAUUGAUGGCUACGUCUUAACCUACGGCUCCUCUGAGGGCUCAAGUGAGGAAAUCCCACUUGGGUCUGACAGCACUUCAUAUAUGCUGACCGGCCUCAGGCCUGGUGUCCUCUACACUGUCUACAUCUGGGCCGUCAAGGGAAGCAAAGCCAGCAGGAAGAUCUCAACACAAGCUGAGACAGAACUGGACGCUCCUGCUAACCUCUUAGCCCGAGAUGAAACAGAGUCUGGCUUCAGCGUGUCAUGGGAUCCAGCCCAGGCAGAUAUUGAUGGCUACAUCCUAACCUACAGCUCCUCUGAGGGCUCUAGUGGGGAGAUCCCACUGGGGCCUGACAGAGCCUCUUACCAGCUGACUAGUUUGAGGCCUGGUGUCCUCUACACUGUCUACAUCUGGGCCAUCAAAGGGAGCAAAGCCAGCAAGAAGAUCUCGACACAAGCUGAGACAGAACUGGACGCUCCUGCUAACCUCUUAGCCCGAGAUGAAACAGAGUCUGGCUUCAGCGUGUCAUGGGAUCCAGUCCAGGCAGAAAUUGAUGGCUACGUCCUAACCUACAGCUCCUCUGAGGGCUCUAGUGGGGAGAUCCCAGUCGGGUCUGACAGCUCCUCUUACAGGCUGACCGGCCUCAGGCCUGGUGUCCUCUACACUGUCUACAUCUGGGCCGUCAAGGGCAGCAAAGCCACCAGGAAGAUUUCAACAAAAGCUGAGACAGACAUUGAUGCCCCGCAGGACCUGAAGGCGACAGAAGUGAAGGCUGAGUCUGCAUUUUUGACCUGGGUUCCUCCGCUUGCUGACAUUGACGGUUACAUCCUGACCUACAGAGAUGAGGAUGGCAACAUGCAGACGGCUGAAAAGCGGCUCAGAGCCGGCGAGAGCAGUUUUGCUGUAUCAGGUUUGGAGACGGGGAAGAGAUACAUCGUCACCAUCAUCGCCUACAGGGGGAACAAAAAGAGCAAAGUGGUAGAGACCAUUUUCAAAACAGUUGGCCUCCUGUACCCCUUCCCCAUGGACUGUGUUCAGAUCAUGAAGAAUGGCAAUAAGAAGAGCGGUAUCUACACCGCUUAUAUUAACAAUGACCGCUCCAAACCCAUUGAGGUUUACUGUGACAUGGAGACUGAUGGAGGCGGCUGGCUGGUGCUCCAGCGACGCACCAGCGGCAGGCUGGACUUUAUGAAACGCUGGAGACAGUACAUUGCCGGCUUCGGCAACAUGACAGAGGAGUUCUGGAUUGGUCUGGAGAAGAUAUAUGAGCUCACCAACACUCCUACUCAAUAUGAGCUGAGGUUUGACCUGGGCCUGGGCGCUGAGAGAGUCUAUGCUGUAUAUGACGAAUUUAAGAUUGCACCGGUCAAGCAGAAAUUUAAACUCACUAUCGGCAAAUACAGGGGGACAGCAGGUGACGCUAUGACCUACCACCAAGGCCGGCCCUGGACUACUGUUGACUCAGAUAAUGACAUCGCCCUGGGUAAUUGUGCCCUGACCCACCGUGGUGCCUGGUGGUACAAAAACUGUCACCUGGCCAAUCUCAACGGGAAAUGGGGAGACAACAGGCACAGUUUGGGAGUGAACUGGGAACCUUGGAAGGGCCACCUGGUGUCCCUUGACUUCACCGAGAUGAAGAUCCGACCUGUGGGAGCCUUGUCCAGCAGGAAGAGGCGAUCGUUGAUGGCCAGAGAGAAGAGCAGAACCACAAACCUCCAAAAGAAAUAAUAGAGCCCCUCCCACUAAAAACACAACAGUCGUCAUCAGUGCCAUUAAGACCCUAACGUCACGCUAGAUUUUGGUUUCUGUACAUGUGAACAUACAUUUGUCACCCCUGGUCUACAUGCUUCCAUGUGUCUAGCCAGUGUUGUAGUACUCGAGAACGGUCUCAAGAUCAGCUUUAAAGCAGGGUUCCCACGGUCAUGGAAUUAGUCAAAAUUAUUUGGAAAAACUCAUGAAAUUUUGUUGUGUGUAAUGAAAUUGUUACAAUGAUCUUUCAUGGAUAAUAUUCUAUGUAAAGUAACAUAAAGGCAAAUAUAAUUUUCUGUAGCUGUCGACUUAACAUAGCUUUAUUAUUGUUGAUGCGCGAACAAUGUUUUGUUAACCAUCGUGUACAUUUCUUCAUUUUCUCCCGCAGUUUGUCUCUCCCUUAACUUAACUUAGCGAGCUGAAAUUAUGUCUCUGACGUCUGAAUCAGAUACAUAUGUUGGCAAUUGAAACAAGAAAACAUUUUUUAUGUCUUUUGACCCAUAAUCUUUGUUAUGGGUCCUUGAAAACCAUGGGGAAAGUUCGGAAAUUUUUUCCAUGAACAUCCGUGGGAACCCUGUUGAAGGUCUCGUCUUAGGCUCGACUGCAUUUUUACUUUGUCUUGUUAUGCUUUCAGACAAAUAGGACUCCGGCGCUGCGUUCCGUUAGUCGUUCAACAUGCCCUCGUUCAAUCCCAGCCGCCAUCUCAACGGCCGGUCCAGUUGUCUGAAAAAAAGGAAGUGUACUUGGUGAGAUGGACCCUCGAAGGGCUGAGGGAGCGAGUGAGCAACGAUGGACGCUCCAGAGGUGGAUAUCACCCAUAAUGCAUUGCAGUUACGCAUGUCAUGCGAGAAAAUACAUCGAUGGUUAGGGGGCAGUUAUAAGUAGAACUCUGGUUGCACCACAGAAGAAGGAGAAAAUGAAUAAAUUGGUAAUUGAAUAAAAAAUGAAAUAUAUGCACGAUUUGACUUUUCAGUUUCACCUUUUCUAUCGUGUCUUAUAGGUCUGGAGGCCGGCUUACAUGUGUCUGCAUUUACUCGUCUAUCAGCAGACAGUUGCUCAUUGUAAACUGCUGUAUAGGCUAAUUAAUUGCAGUUAAUAUAUACUGAUGUUCUGUUCAGCUUGUAUGAGCCGUUUUGCAAGAUAUCAUAAACCUCUUAAAAUAAUAUGAUAAUCAUGAUGCAGAUCACAAUCAGAAGUUAUUAAAUCAGAAACUGAUGCAGCUAAGUAGUAAGUGACCGUUGGUGUGAUGUAGUUACCUGCAGAAGACGCCUUUAGCUCUCAGAAUGUAGUCGACAGGUAUUUACUGUAUUUAUUAAUACGUCUUUCUGGUGGUUUUUAAAACGUGGUAUAGCGGUAAUCCUGCAACUGACAGUCGAUCUGUGAUAGUCGGGCUGAAAGUGAUUGAGGGCAGGUGUGUUUCAUAUCAAUCCCCCGCCAGCUUUCCCUCGGCUCUCUGAGUGGCCUCUGUGCGACGUCAGCUGUUAGGUAAUACCAAGGGCUGAGGGGGAGUGAAGGAGGGCAGGUGGAACCGCUAAUGAAAUGCAGCUUAGGAUUUUAUUUCAAGACUAGUCAAGACCACAACUGUAGGGACAUAACUGACUUGCUUGUGCAAAAAAGGAAUGUUGAAUAAAGAUGGUUGAGUUGAUUUCAGUUCCUUAGUGUUUGUUUAUAUUUGCUCGCUCAUAGAAAACAAAGAUAAAUUACCUAUACAUAAAAUUCACCUUUGCAUGAUUAUUUUCAUAUUUUAUUUCUGAAGAUGUUUCUAGUGGAACGCUUAUACAUACACACACAUAUACAGUUAGGCAAUAAAGGAGGUGAAUACAGGGAAAUACACAUUUGUUUUCUGUGGGUUUUUUAUGGGAAUGUGGAUCUUUUAGAUUAGUUGGAGUGCCUUUGGUUUGCAUGCUCCACAUUUUAUUGACAUGCAGUACGAGACUCAUGACGGUCAGGUCAUCGCUCUGUCUCAACCUCUGGAGGGAAACACCACCCAAAUUAAGAAUUCCAAUUCGUUAUUGUCAUGGCUAAGGAAAUUUCAGUCAAUAUUUGUGAACUUGAGCGCCACUCUCUCAAAGCCGGAAAACCAGAGAAAUCUCAAACUUGUUAAGUCAUUGGGUAUUAAGUCUGGAGCUGCUCCAUGGACGGGGAAUAGGAGACCUUUUGUGGAUCCCAAAGAAUUUUUGUAUUCCUUUUUUACCCAAAUGAGCUUAAUUAUAUUGUAGUAUUCUCAAUUCUUAACCAGAAAAUGUGUUUGUACACUCUCAGCGUCAUGAUUCAUCGUUAGUGGAGCAGAAGCAGACUUCAUACCUUAUCACAUCACAAAUUGGAGUUUCAGCACUCUAGAUUUUGGAUUUGGGAGAGAGCUGUUCAUGUUUAAUAAUAUUUUGGACUAUCUUAGACAAUAGGAAAAAUUUUGAAAAUGGGUGUGGUUCCCCUUUAAAGUCUUGGUCUUGUCUCGGUCUCGUUACUUUCUGGUUUUG